AUGACGGACAAAUUGCCAUUGGACCUUCUCCAUGGUAAGUGGGAAUGUGAGCGCGAGAUCGAUCUCCUUAAGCGCACGCAAGCGGCUCAUCAACUGCUAAACUCGCGUCUAUUGGCCAUGGAACGCGAGCUACGCGGAGAACGUUUUUAUCCGCUGCCGGCGGAGACCAAACUACUGCGUGUCCGUGUGUUUUAUUCAUAUGCCCCACCUCUGGAAGCUACGGGAAAUCCGCAAGCGACUCCUGGUCGAUGGACGCUUCGGAUCGAAGGCAUGGACGCCACAGCAGGGGAGCCGACGAAUGUGAAAUUCUCGAGUUACUUUCGCAAGGCAUCUAUUGAGCUGGACCCGCUUCUAUACUCGGACCACGUAAUUGAAUGGACAAGUUUCCAUAGGACAAGCCAUGACGUAGAUGGCUUAGAGGUGUCAAGGACGGGUAACACGGCACAUACCGUGAAGAUCAAACUGUUUCCGGCUCAGACCCCUGAACGCUUUACCGUCUCAUCCGAGUUAGAAGCAGUAAUAGGUCAAUAUCUAGGUCCUGCCAAGGCAUACACAAAGCAAGAUAUAGUAUUGGCAAUGUGGGAGUACAUCAAGCUGCGAAAUCUUAUCAAACAGGAUGACUGUCGGGUGGUUUUCUGCGAUGAUAGGCUGCUGCAAAUACUAAAUUGCGUGUCAUUGCCAUUUACUUCAAUCAUCGUGGCACUUCGGCAACAUUUGACGCCAAUCAACAUGAUCAAUCUCGAAUACACGCUGAAUUUAACAACGGCUUGUGAAGCAGAGUUGCUGGAUGAAAAGUUCUUUGACGUUUCAGUCGCAGCAACUUCUGAGCUUGAUAUAAUACGAGCUCGUGCUUUAAGAGAAUACGAAGAUUUAAAGCAAGACCAUAGCAAAGAGCUGUCAUUGCUUAAGAAACAGGAAGAGGAUAUUCUCCAGCGACUGCAAAUGUACACGCGAAAAAAAGAGUGGAUGACUCAGUUUGCUCAAGAUCCAUGCGGGUUCAUGGCUGACGUUAAAAAGUCACAGCUGGCAGACGAGGAGAUAUUAAUGGCUGAAACUGAGCUUGAUGAAUUCAGUAUUCCACACUCACAACAAUACAAAGGGCCGUGGGCUCACGAGGUGGUUAGAGAGUUGCUUACAACCCGCCCUACAAAUCAUAAAUCUUGUGAGCCUUGGCGAUUUGCACUUACUAGGUCAGCUUUAGAGAUUGCUACUCGCUUGCGUUGUGAUCCAACCGAUUAUGCCAAGCAACAGCAAUUGAAAAAGGACCGAGCAAAACAACUUCGUGAGCAACGCCAACACGGAUUAUUUUCAGACGAACAUACAUUUUCUCCAAAAGUCAAUCAAAGGACUCGAAAUCAAUCGUCGCCGCCAGUCUCUCGUGAAGGAUUUGAGAGAGUCGUUAAAUCCGACAGUAUGACUUUUCAUAACUCCGAUCGGAACAAUAAUUAUCCAGAAUUGCUGGACGCAAGUGGUGAUGAUGUCGACGCGCUUGAAAAUUUAUCGCGCAAAUAUUUGAAUAGGGCUCCUCAUCAGCAGAUGGCUUCACUGCAUCUAAGACCUCCUAAAGAAGAGCAUGACUCCUUGUUUAAAGAAGUGAAAAGGGCGACAGGACGAGAAAUUGCUGACCUUCCAAUUAAGGAAAAGUUGGUCCCACCACCAAAACGGAUUCACACUGGCCCCUGUCUUCGAAAUUCAAGCUGUGGAUGCCCAAAAUGUGAUGCAGGUUUUCCCAGCUCCAGCUACGUGAACAAUGUCAAUGCAGAAGCCCUUUCCCUUUGUCAAAGGGAGCCGAGGAUGGGUUUAUCAGGAUAUCGACAAAACGAUUGCAGUGCGAAUGAAAUGGGGAACUCGUUGGCGUUACUGAAGUCUAGGAUGUCUCGUCGAAAAGCACGAAGUGCACCGACAAAUAAGACUUCAUUGUUCGUAGAGAAGAACAUACCUAGUGCCGUGGUUCAUUCAGCACGUUUGCCAUUAUCCUCGCCAAUAUCUUCAGAUGCUCCGAGUCAGCCUCCGAGACAAAAUAUUGCAUCACGACGGGCUCCAGUCCAGCCAGUGAUGACCAACAAAAACCUUACUGAAAAUUUUCAGGCUAAUUCUUCCACGUUUACAGGAUUUAAUUUGCCCGAAGAACUUGACGAGUAUGCAGACGGCACAGAAGAAAUGGAGCAAUGUCAUAACUGUAAUCGAAAAUUCAAUCCCGCAUCAUUCCAGAAGCACCGCAAAAUUUGCGAAAAGGUUUUUUCCGGGCAGCGAAAAGUUUUUAAUAUGGCAGCUAAGCGGCUUGAAGGAACUGAGGCAGAAAAGGUUCUAAAAGAAGCUAAAUCCAAUAAAAAAAAUAGCGGACUCUCGAAUACUCCGAUGUCGGCUAUGGAGAUACCGAUAAAGGUGAAAAAUGCUGCCGAUUGGAAACAAAAAAGUGAUAUGUUUCGCAAUGCUAUGAAAGCAAGUCGUGAGGUUUCAAAGGCACUCAAAGAAGGCAAGGAGUUACCGCCAAUGCAGCCAUCUGCCCCUGAUCCGAGCUUAAUCCAGUGCGAGUAUUGUAGUCGUCGCUUUAACGAAAAAGCUGCCGAGCGCCAUAUUAAUUUUUGUCGCGAAAAAAGUCAGCGCGAUAUCAUAAAAGGAGGUGCAAAACGAGUUCCAGCAGCAAAACCUGGCUCAAGAGCUGCAUCUUCUAGAAAAAGAUAA